CAAUACAGUAACAGAAAUGGCCACUUUCCCGCGCUCUCUUCUGCUCGUCUUUUUCCUCCUCCUCAUCAAUCCCUCACCUUCUUCUUCGCUUUUCCUCCCACUUUUUCAGUACCAAACCGCUCUCUCCCUCAGCCGCACACUCUUCAACCGCGUCGCCGACCACCGCACCGCCCGCGGCGAUGCUCUCGGAGCUGCCAGAGUACGGUCAAUCGCCAAAAUCAUUAAUGAAGCCAAUGGGGUGGGCUUAUGGAAGCUGAUGUGGAAUCACGGACGGUCCUUCGUCCGGAACUUCUUCAAUUUCAACGUCCUGGUCAGAGCUUUGGGAGAGUUAACUCGGGCCGGGUCAGAAGAGGAUAAGGAAAAGUUAUCGAAUCGGAAUCACGGAAAUGUCACUAAAAUUGCUAAUGAUCUAUCAGCUAGAAUGCAGAAGGGCGCUUUGGCUGAAUUAAUGGAGCUGCUCAGAAAAGAGAUUGUGGAGGGUGACUUGUUGAAGGACUGCCUGCAGGUUGGUGGCAGCGAUUUGAAAGAAUUGAUCCAAGUUUUGAAGAAUAUGGCUUUGCAAUUCACUAAUUCCUCUCCUUCCAACCAAACAGAUUUAUGAAUUAGCCUCUACUAUAUUUCUCUAGGUUUUUUGGUAUUGUACUACCUAAUUUACUGCAUUCCCUCUCCGAAUUAUGUUUCUUAUUUAAAUUUUGUAUUCGAUAAUUAUGUUUAGGUUGUGCUUUAACUUAACUUAUUUAAAAAUGAAAAAACAUUACAUAUCUGCCUACUUUAUUGUUACGAGUGAAAUUAGUGAGCAAUGUGAAUA